GUGGUUGACAAUAAUUAUAUGUGCUUCUGUAUAACAGGUGGACAAGGUUGUUUGAUAUAAACUUUGAAUAGAUUGAAUUGGAACGUAAACAUGGAAAGCCUGAAAACUUUUGUUCUUCAUUCAACGGUGUUUAAAGUGACGAAACGAAUUUCUAUGAUUGAUGAUGUCAUAUCUUGUGUUAAAACCAAGAAAGACAUACAAAACAAAGUGAUCCAGCUUUGUAUUGUGAGUUUGUCGCGAACACUUGGAUUGUACAAUGAUGCAAAAUCUCGAAACAAAUGCAUUGAGUUGAUUCGAAGAUUGAUGGAAAAUUACAAAAAAGUUUCCGUAGCUGCAUUGUUGGAUGUCCUUGAUAAAGAAGGGAGGUUUCAUGUUAAGAAUAAAGCACCAAGUCGAAGUGCUUCAGCCCAAGCGUUAGUUGCGUUGUCGUGGUCAUGCGUGCUUAUGGGUAAUCUGGAAGGUGAUGAUGUUAAUAAACUUGUCGCAAUACAAGCAUCAUUGUAUUAUGGAUCACAACUAAGUCAAUCCAAGUCCAUAUCUAGUAGUGGUGCAAGAAAAAUAAGAACACAGUGGAAACAGAAUCCAAACUCAUUUGACUCAAUCAGCAAAAUCUUAUUAAAUCUUGAUCUAAUCCAUUCUAACUGUUGCUUGCUUGGUCUACUGUCUGCUACUUAUCCAUCCUCAUUCGAAGAGAAAAAGAACGACGUUUUUACAUUUUAUGUAAAAUCGAUGGUUUUGAACAAAGUUCAGCCUCUGAAGGGAGCACUGGAUUGUUGCAUCCCAAUCCUACACAAUGUGACCCACCAAGACUUUGAACAAAUUAUUUUACCGGCAUUUCAAAAAUCUUUCCUAAGGAACCCAGAAAAUUGUUUUGCAACGUUCCAAAGUUUUGUUACAAACGUCCGAAUUGACCUAAGUCGUCACGCACGGUUGAUCACAACAAUGUUGGUUCCGCAACUUAUUUCUAAGAGCGAUUCAAAUCGUGAUGCUGCUUGUGAUGUCAUAAUACCGAUGACGUCACAAUGCAGUGAUUCCGAGUUUGUUUUGGAAACCGUGAAAUAUUUGUUUGACGUCUUGAAAGGUAGUGAAGGUAAAUUAACACUCGCUGGUCAGAAAUGUAGUGUGUUGAAAGCUGUUGGUGCUUGGGCAGGAUGUGCGGUCGGUGAUGGUAAUUCAUCUCAUGUAUUGGCUUCAUCAGUUGCUACUAUGAUGGUGGCAUUUCUACAACAGGAGCUUCAUGAAGGAACCCUCAUCACGGGAGCAUCAUCCCUAUCUUCCUGGUGCUCAAUGAUCAACAUCAUUCCUCCAGACCUCAUAUCAUGGUUCGUUAAAGCUCCGAGCAUCAAAGUAUCAACACCGGGUGUCAGGCUUGGUUACAUCGAGUGUAUGAUCAAGCUGUUUAAGCGGGAUAAUAUGGAAAUGAUUGAGCCCAUUGUACCAUACUUGGUACAAACUUUGGAAAAAGCCCGGCAACAAUCCACUCAAAUACCUUUGGUUUGUGAAGCCAUUGGUGCUUCAUUGCUUUUAUCGAAACUUGGGGAGGUGGAGUUUAAGAAAGAACAAAAGAUUAACCUGUUAUGGGAGAUUCUUCUUGAUGAAAAGAAGAUGAUCUUAACAUCCGAUAAAGUCCUCCAGCAUGCUCCCGAUGAUGUCAUCAUGAUCCUUGUUUCACUUAUUGAGAGGAUGUUGCUCAUCUUUCCAGAUCAACUGUCAAAGUUUAUUGUCAGUCGGUUCCAUCACAUCUUGGUGCACCUGCUUCUACACAAACCAAGGAAUGUUUAUUGCGUUGUUGAGAAGACUUUGAAGAAACUCAUGGCUGCCAACUCAGAAUUACCCUCCAUCUUUCUCAACGAACUUUUCGCUCAACUACGCCCGGCAUUACUCAUCGAUUUCAGCGCAAUUGAUGAUUCAGCUGAAAUUAUGAAGAAUUACGUCUCACAUCGUCGCUUCACUAGCUCCCUCUUGUGUUUGUUGGAUGCGAAAGUAGGGACGAAAGCAUCGGAAGAUAUCGCGAUGUUGAUGAUCCCUGAUGUUUAUCAUCCAUGCAUAACUGCUGCCAACAACCAUGUAUGGACGGAUUAUUUGUACAAUAAUAAAAUCGAUGCACGACAAUUUAUUUCUUCACAUCUCAGUUCAAUCUGUGAUAAACUGGUUCAUCCUGCACACCAUAAUGAGACAAGUCUUGCCGCAUUAUGUGAUGUGCUUCGUAUCGCACCCGACAUUAUGAUGUCACAAGUAACUGAGUAUCUUGUCACUAACCUAUCAAAACAUGACCUCACACAAGUCACUAAAGAUGAAGUUGGAAUCAUGAAAACUAAGGAUGGGGCUCUAUAUAACAUGGCUAUUAUUGAAAGUGCUCCGAAAAUCGCUCAAAACAAAAAUAUAAAACGAGAAAGCAAAGCUUAUUCUUACAAAGAACAAAUGAUGGGUGAAGAGCUUCAGCGUGAGAUUGAAGCUAAAAAGAGGGGUACGGGUGGGGUGAAGGGGGUGGGGGGUAAACAGGGAAACCCCCCAAUACCCCUAAAUCUAACGAAGAAACAGAAAGAGUUGGUUGACGCUGAGAUGGAAAGAGAAAAAGUUAUAAGGGACAAGUUGUUGCUGGUUAAUGCGGAGUUCAACAAAGCUUGCGACGUACUUCACGCCACCAUAAAGGUCCAUUCGCUCACUACUGGCAUUUCCCACCACCUGGUAGCAGUGUUGAGCCCCCUCCUUGAAUUAUUGAAGUCUCCUCUCGCAUCGGAACGAGCACAGCAACUCUUUGUCGCCCUCAGUGGUGUAAUGAUGCCAGAUCAUCUAAAAAAACUUGGCAUCCAAACAGCUUUCGCCACUUUAAGAUUAUAUGAUCCCUCACAUAAAGUAGAUGACGCUUGGUGUGCUGAGAAUAUAAACGAUAAUGUUGCAAGGGUGAUGGAAUCACUGAAGAAAUCUAUCAGUACUCAGCAACCGUCACCAUGCUCAUGCUACAUCUUCCCGUUCCUACAUCGCGUGUGUUCCUCCACAUCUGAUGUUGAUUUGAUCCUCUCCUCCCUGAAGAUCAUCAAAACACAAGUGCGGAUCAGGUUCGACGACGACUUGACUUUUGACCCCAAGUUACUGCCAAGGUUAAAGGUCAUGGAGAACACAGCGAAGUUGAUCGGAACAUCCAUGGUUCAAGUCCAACACGAGGCGGUUAAAGUUAUGAUCGGGGUUUGUGAGUCUGCAAGUGGAAAGCAAGGUUGUGCCACUGCAUGCGAUGACGAGAUAAAAUGUCUGCUCACCUCUCUGCUGUCCCCAGUGGCCAUGCUGCGUGGUGUGGCACUCCAAGGAUUGUUGAUAUUACGUGACGUUGUGGCAUCGGCAAGCGACAACCUGCUUCUGCAUGUCACACGUCGUGCAUGGGUAGCCAUGCAUGACCUCGACGAUACUAACAGGAAGUUGGGAAAAGAAUUGUGGGAAAUUAUGCAUUUCAAACUUGAAUCUACGAUCUGUACAGAGAUACUGGAGGACAUUCAAUACCAUGAGUCAGCAAUCCAACAAGCAUCUGCUGAGUCAUUGUACGCAGCCCUCGAAUCCAACAUAGAGAUGGCACCUUUAAUUUGUGAAGAAUUGUUCAAUAUUUAUAAUCUUAAGUUGGAGAGAGCAGCUCCAGUGAUCGACCAGUUGGGACGAGUCAUCCAAGAAAGUCCUCCGGAUCAUUUUGAGGCAAGAGUGGGAGUUGCCCACGCACUGAAGAAGAUCUCACCCGUCCUCCCGGAUCACCAGAUUGAAGCUCUCUUCUCUUUCUUUGUUCCGGAUGCUCUCGGAGACAGAAACCCUGAAGUUGCAAAAAAAAUGUUGGAGGCUGCUCUACAAGCUGUAAACGACCACGGCAAAAAUUCGACUGAAAUUUUGCUGCAAGUUUUUGAAGAGUUUCUUAAAAAUGCCCCGACCUCCCAAAGUUACGAUGAAGUUCGGCAAAGCGUUGUCAUCUUGUUGGGAACAUUAGCACGACAUUUGGACAAAGACCACCCGAAAGUUAAACCAAUUGUUGCCAAACUAACAGAGACUUUAUCGACCCCUUCGCAGGCUGUGCAAGAAGCAGUAGCAAACUGCCUUCCUGCAUUGGUUCCAUCCAUCAAGGAAAGCGCUCCAGAUAUUGUGAGGAAACUACUUGUUAUUCUGCUUGAAUCAGAGAAAUAUGGGGAAAGAAAAGGUGCUGCAUAUGGGCUUGCUGGUAUGGUGAAAGGUUUGGGAAUAAUCUCAUUCAAACAACUUGAUAUAAUGCCCAAGUUGACCGAAGCUAUUCAAGAUAAAAAGAACUUUCGACAUCGAGAAGGGGCUUUGUUAUCGUUUGAAAUGUUUUGUGGAAUGUUAGGCCGGUUGUUUGAACCUUAUAUAGUACAUGUUCUUCCACAUUUGUUGCUCUGCUUUGGAGAUGGGGACCAGUAUGUGAGACAGGCUGCAGACAACACUGCUCGAGCAGUGAUGCGCAACCUCAGUGCUCACGGAGUUCGUUUGGUGCUCCCAUCUUUAUUAUCAGCACUAAGAGCCGAGGACUCCUGGAGGACAAAAACCGGAUCCGCUGAGCUCCUCGGAGCGAUGGCAUUCUGUGCUCCUAAACAAUUAUCCUCCUGCCUACCAAGUAUUGUACCAAAGCUGUGUGAAGUCCUCACAGAUUCACAUCCGAAGGUUCUCAAAGCAGGACAACAAGCAUUAAAACAAAUUGGAUCCGUGAUAAGGAACCCUGAGAUUCAAGCAAUAUCCGAGAGUUUGUUGGCUGCUCUAAGUGAUCCAGCAAGAAAAACAUCAAAGUGUCUUCAUACGUUGCUUAAUACUAAAUUCAUUCACUUCAUCGAUGCUCCAUCCCUUGCAUUAAUCCUACCUGUGGUAGAAAGAGCGUUCCAGGAUAGAUCAACAGACACAAGGAAGAUGGCCGCACAAAUUAUUGGCAACAUGUAUUCACUCACAGACCAGAAGGACUUAAACCCGUACCUUCCAAACAUUAUACCUGGGUUACAAAACACACUGCUUGACCCAGUGCCGGAGGUUCGAGGUAUUGCAGCCAAAGCAUUGGGUGCUAUGGUGGAAGGAACAGGGGAAGCACAGUUUGAGGAGUUGCUUCCAUGGUUGAUGGAGAAGUUGACCUCAGAGAAUAGUGCUGUGGAUAGGUCUGGUGCAGCGCAAGGAUUAAGUGAAGUCAUUGCCUCACUUGGGGUUGAGAAACUGUCCAACUUAAUGCCAGAGGUUAUUAAAACUGCCCAGUCUGAUACAGUGUUACCUCAUGUGCGGGAUGGCUAUAUCAUGUUGUUUGUGUAUCUUCCGUGUACGUUUGGAGAUGAUUUCAUUCCUUUCAUUGGAGAUGCUAUAUUCCCAAUUCUACAGGCUCUUGCUGAUGAAGCAGAAUACGUGAGGGCCACAGCAUUAUUAGCAGGUCGUCGUAUUAUCACUAUGUUUGCAAGCACUGCUGUUGAGGUGUUGCUACCACAACUGGAGAAGGGUUUAUUUGAUGAUAACUGGAGAAUUAGGUUGAGUUCCAUCCAGUUAUUGGGUGACUUGUUGUACCAUGUAUCUGGUGUGACUGGUAAGAUGAGUGCUGCUGGUGGGGAAGAUGAUAAUUUUGGAACCGCUGAAGGAUUUAAGGCAAUAGUUGACAUUCUUGGGCAAGAUCGUCGCGAUCUUGUUUUAUCCGGACUCUACAUGGGAAGAUCGGAUGUUGCGCUCCUUGUUCGACAAUCUGCUCUUCAUGUUUGGAAGAUAAUCGUCCCCAACACCCCAAGAGUCCUCCGUGAGAUCUUACCCACCCUGUUCAAGUUGUUGCUGUCGUUCCUCGCAACCAAUGUUUAUGACAAGAGACAGGUUGCUGCGAAGACCCUCGGGGACAUAGUGAGGAAGUUGGGUGAGCGGAUGUUGCCCGAGUUGAUCCCCAUCCUGGAGAAAGGAUUGGAUUCGGAAGAUGAGUCGCAGAGGCAGGGAGUUUGCAUCGGGCUUACUGAGAUUAUUAAGUCUUGCUCUAGAGAUGCUAUCAUUGUAUUCACGGACAACUUGGUACCCACCGUGCGUAAAGCUCUUUGUGAUCCACUACCCGAAGUUCGUGUUGCUGCUGCCACAACAUUCGAACAUCUACAUAACACAAUAGGAGUUCAAGCAUUGGAUGAAAUAAUACCUGCAUUACUACGCCAGCUGAAAAACCCUGUGACAUCAGAGAAUGCAGUUGAUGGUCUGCGUCAAAUAAUCUCAGUGAAGGGAAGGGUUGUGUUGCCAUUCAUUGUGCCCAAGUUAAUUGAACCCCCAGUAAAUACCGAGGUCCUUGCCCUCCUAUCUUCUGUGGCUGGUGAAGCGUUGACAAGACAUCUCUCAUCAAUUCUUAAGGUUUUGGUUCAAGCUCUGAUUGACGCUGAUGAUUUUGAAUCUGUUAAAGCAGAUGCUACCAAGGUGAUCCACUCGGUAUCUGGCGAGCAGGGCAUGAGGAUCGUUAUCGACGAUCUUCUCCUCGGAAUCAAGAAUGAAGAUGUUGAGAUCAGAUAUUCCUCAAUCGUGCUCCUGCGUGCGUUUUGCUCCAAUCCAAAUGGUGAAUUCUCGGACUACAUCGCCGUGUUUAUUCAAGCGUUUAUCAAGUUGCUCGCUGACCCCGACGUGCGCGUCCAAUCAGAAGGCUGGGAGACGCUGUCGGUCGUCACUGGAACCCUUGACCCGGCCGACAUGCACAGGCACGUCAGCUCUGUGCGACACGCGCUUCGAUUUAUUAAAAACGACGAGAUGGUUAUUAAAACAGGGACUUUACCCGGGUUCUGCUUGCCUAAAAAAGGCAUGGCUCCUCUCCUGUUAAUCUUCCGUGAAGGCAUCCUUAAUGGACAUCCGGACUUAAAAGAGCAAUCAGCACGAGGAUUGAGCGAAUGCAUUCAAUACUUGACGCCAACUGCUCUUAAACCAUCCGUUGUUAGCAUCACAGGUCCUUUAAUUCGUAUCCUGGGCGACCGUUACAACUCCAAUGUCCGAAUAUCAGUCAUUGAAACUUUGUCUUUGCUGCUGCAGAAGGUUGGUCCAUUUUUGAAGCCGUUCCUUCCCCAACUGCAAACAACCUUUAGCAAAGCUUUGCAAGAUGCCAAUAGACCUGUUCGUAUACAAGCUGGCAUCGCAUUGUCUCAUUUAUCAUUCAUACAUGCGAGAGUAGACCCAUUGUUUACUGAGCUUAAUAAUAAUAUCAAGAACGCUGAAGAUGCUUCACUGUGUGAGACCCACCUAGUUGCAUUGCGGGGCUGCAUCUCAAAAGGAGGAAACAAAAUGAGUGACAAAGUCAGAACUGAGUUGACUUCAACCCUCUCGUCCCAACUUUCAUCUGACCAAGACGUUGCUCGACGAUGCGCAUCAGGUUGCCUUGGUAACCUGUGUGCGGUCAUGCACAACGAUGAGGUCACGCAGCUGCUGACUGACCAUGUAUUUGUAAAUGACCCAAAUGCAAGUUGGAGUUUGCGUCAAGGCCGCACAACCUUACUUGCGUCUGCAUUGAAAGAAGCCCCAAACAAGAUUCUCGAUCAAAAUCGAAGCCAGGAAAUAAUUCAGAUUGUUGUUAAUAAUUCAAAAAUGGAUCGGGUUCAAAUUGUCCUCAGCACAAUUCAUUCAGCUGCUUAUCUGGUUCAUUACUUUGUUAAAAGUGGGGAGAAAAUUCCUCCACAAGUUUUGGAAGCAUUUAAUAAUGGAUUUGAACACAGCUCAAACGAUGUCAAAACAGCCACCUGUCAAUCAUGUAUGUGGGUGGUGCAAAACCUGUCAAUCAAUGAACAACUAAGUAAUGGUGUGGCAGUUUCAAUUCUUCCGGAAUCUGUAACUGUCCGCUGGGUGGCGCUAUUGUUAACGCUGAGUCGUGAGAAGAACACAACGGUUCGUUCGUAUGCUGAGUCAGCGAUUGUUGUUCUGCUUCAACUACGACAGUCGGAUGCUUUGAUGACGAAAAUCAUCGACCAAUUAUCGAGUCGCGAUUCAAACUCGUUGUCAGAACUUCAUCGGCAGAAACUUAAACGUUUGACAGAAUUGAAAGAAACAUUUGAAGAUAUCGAUAAUACAAUUAUUCAUGUGUAAAAUUAUGGUGCUUUAGUGUUAUUUCUAUCCUAUGAGGGAGCAGAGAAUCGUUUUAUGUCGUUGUGUGUACGGGUUUUAUAGAAAAAAAUCAGUAAAAUUACAAUUUUUAAAUUUCUGUUAUCGAAGUUCUUUUUUAUAAUUACUUUGCAAAAUUUUGUUUCUGGUGAUUAAUCUUUCAUGGAUGUGUGGUAUUGGUUCUUUGUGCUCACAUUACAAAUACAAUUUCGUUGCAACA